UUUGUAAACAAACGUUUAUUUUUAUUAGUUUUUACCCGUUUUUAAUUAGUUUUUUAAUUGAUUUUCAGUUGUAGCGAUUAAACUUUCAUCGUUUAAUGACUGUGCAAAAUGUUACGUUUGUGUUUCUGUUGCGUGUUUUUCUUUAUUUUUUUGCCGAAUAAUGUGAAGUUAUUGGAUAACGGGCUGGCUCGUACGCCUCCUAUGGGGUGGAUGUCUUGGGGGUAUUAUAUGUGCGGAGAUCAUUGCGAGGAGCUGCCGGAAAAAUGUUUGGAUGAAAAGCUAAUACUAUCCGUAGUAGAUGCGUUCUACAACGAGGGUUACCAAGAAGCAGGUUUCGAGUACAUCAUCAUCGACGACUGCUGGUCGGAGCGGAAACGUGAUGAAAACGGUAGACUGGUCGCAGAUAAGAAGCGGUUUCCACGGGGGAUGAAAUUUAUCGCUGAUUAUAUACACGCACGCGGUCUAAAGUUCGGCAUGUACACCAACAUAGCUACUGUCACGUGCAUGCAAUACCCUGGUUCCUUCGGCCACUUCAGGACCGAUGCCAAGACCUUUGCGGACUGGGGAGUCGAUUACCUGAAGGUGGACGGAUGCUUCGUUGGAGAAGAUGUCCUGAAUAAUGCGUAUAUCAAGCUUGGCAGCCAAUUGAACGACACAGGCAGACCGAUGGUGUAUUCCUGUAGUUGGCCAUACUAUAUCCAGUAUAUUCACUCCAAAGUUCCAGACUUCGAAGCGAUAUCCCAGCAUUGCAACAUGUGGCGUAAUUACCACGACGUGCAGCUGUACUGGCCGGCUCUGAAGAUGAUCUUCAAGCACUUCGAGGACGAAUACGAAGAGCUGAGCCGACACCACGGGCCGGGGAAAUGGAACGACCCGGAUAUGCUAAUAUUCGGCACAGACACACUAACAGAGAGUCAAAGCCGGGUGCAGAUAGCAGUAUACGUGAUGCUCUCCGCUCCUUUAUUGCUCAGCUGUGAUAUGACCAAAAUAACGGCAUACGAGAAGAAACUGCUCCAGAAUCUCGACCUUAUGGCGGUGGGACAAGACCCAUUGGGCGUAAUGGCUAGGCCGCAUAAGCUACAAGAAAGCGUGACUUUAUGGGUAAAGCGCCAUCUACCGAUGAAAGGAAACAAGUUCCAUAGCUACUCAUUCGCUAUAGUCAAUGUGGAUAGUCAACCUCAUUUGAUUUAUUUCUUCCCCAAGAUAUAUGGCACGGAUUCUAAAGAUGGUUAUACAGUGAUGGAUAUAUUUUCAAGGGAUUUCAUAAAGAACGUAACUUUUCACGAGCCAAUUGAAGUCACAGUGCCACCUGAUGAUGUGAUUAUGUACACAUUUUUCCCACUGUAAGAUUUUUUAAACGAGUAUUAUUUAUAAAUAGUCAAAUUAAACUGCCUGUUUCCCUUGAUGAUAAAUGCCUUUAUAGCUUAACUGGAACUUAUCUGUCAGAUAAAGUUUUACGUUUGAUCUCAUGUGCCUUGGAUAGAGAUAUCUGGAAGAUAAAUACCUUUAUUGGUUAGGUAACGUUAUAUGUCAGUUAAUUAUCUGAAACAAUAUCAAGUUUAUAAAAUUGGCCUAUAUUUCUGUCCGUCCGUCUUACCUAACUUGAAGCGAUUUAUUUCUACAAAAGUUUUGGAACUUUAGAUCUAUAACAUAAGAUUCAAAAUCUAUAGAUAAUCUUGUUUUGUUUAGUACACCCGUACUUAAUAAAAGAUCUUAUUUUUAAUGUAAAUAGUGCAUAUUUUGCACGAUAUUGCUCACAAUACUUGUGAUAUUAG